GUCUUACAGAUACGAGCGUAGACGUUGAAUUUAGUUUCCAUAUCUCAUUUUUGGCCGUGUAAUUAAAAAAUUAUAGUAUUUAAUACUUUCUAUAACUAACAGACGCGGUACAAAAAUAAUUAUUACAGUUUGUGUUGUAUAAUAUUGCAAAAAUUAAACUGUUCUUUCACUUUAUAGUUUAUUGCUAAGCUUCACUCUUCAGUAUUUAGUUGUCCACGUGGCUGAAUCAUCAUGUCAUCUUUUGCAGAAAAAAAAGAAUUGAUCAUUCGCAAUCUUCAGGAGAUUCUUGGGGAAGAUAAACUUGAUACUAUAUUAAAAGAGAGAGACUUGAAAAUUUAUUGGGGUACAGCUACAACAGGAAAACCCCAUAUUGCAUAUUUUGUACCUAUAUCCAAAAUAGCUGAUUAUUUGAAAGCUGGCUGCGAGGUUACAGUUUUAUUUGCUGAUUUACAUGCCUAUUUGGAUAAUAUGAAAGCUCCAUGGGAGCUCUUAGAACUUAGGGUACAGUAUUAUGAAUAUUCAAUUAAAGCAAUGUUGACUUCAAUUGGGGUACCAUUGGAAAAAUUAAAAUUUGUACGUGGUACAGAAUAUCAACUUUCUAGAGAAUACACCAUGGAUGUAUAUAGAUUAUGUUCUUCUAUUACUGAACACGAUGCAAAAAAAGCUGGUGCUGAGGUUGUAAAACAAGUUGAUAAUCCACUAUUAUCUGGAUUACUUUAUCCAGGUUUACAGGCAUUAGAUGAAGAAUAUCUUAAAGUUGAUGCUCAGUUUGGUGGAGUUGAUCAACGUAAAAUAUUUACUAUGUCUGAAAAAUAUUUACCCCAACUGGGUUAUGUCAAAAGAAUUCAUCUAAUGAAUCCAAUGGUACCUGGUUUAGCUGGAGGCAAAAUGUCAUCAUCUGAAGAAGAUAGUAAAAUUGACCUACUUGAUUCUCCUGCAGCUGUAAAAAAAAAGUUAAAAAAAGCAUUUUGUGAACCUGGAAAUAUAUCUGAUAAUGGACUUUUGGCUUUUGCUAAACAUGUAAUAUUUGGAUUAUUUAAACCCGAUGAAACAUUUAAAAUAUUCAGAAAAGAAGCUAAUGGUGGAGAUAAAUAUUUUAAUACAUAUGGAGAACUUGAAGCCUAUUUUGCCGAGCAAAAUCUUCAUCCUGCUGAUUUAAAAGCAGCAGUUGAGUUCUAUAUUAAUAGACUGCUUGAUCCGAUACGAAAAAUAUUUGAGGACCCUAAAUUACAAGAGCUAGUAUCAAAAGCCUAUCCAACAUCUAGUAAGCCUGGAAAAACUGCUCAAAAAAGUGUAAGCAAUCUACAACCAGAAAACGAAGCCAUUCCUACACGUUUGGACAUUCGUAUUGGUAAAAUAGUUGAAGUAUCUAUGCAUCCAGAUGCUGACUCAUUGUAUGUUGAAAAAAUUGAUGUUGGUGAAAAAGAACCACGGACAAUAGUUAGUGGUUUAGUAAAGUUUGUUCCGAUUGAAGAAAUGCAAAAUAGAACUGUUGUUGUCUUAUGCAAUCUAAAGCCUGCCAAAAUGAGAGGAGUGGAAUCAUGUGGAAUGGUUCUCUGUGCUUCAAGUGAAAAUGAUGGUAUUAAGUUUGUUGAACUACUACAACCAGCAGAAGGAAGUCAACCAGGUGAUCGAGUAUUUGUCGAAGGUUAUGAUAAAGGCGAACCAGAUAAAAUACUCAAUCCAAAAAAGAAAAUCUGGGAAAAACUACAAGUUGAUUUAAAAGUUUCUGAAAAAUGUGAAGCUCAAUGGCAGUCAAACAACUUACUCACAAAUGCUGGUAAAAUCCUCAGCAAGUCUUUAAAAAAUGUUCAUAUUGCUUGAAGUAUUAAAAGUAACAUUAUAUAAAAUGUAUGGUGUUUUUUUAUAACAAUAUACACACUAAUUGCCGGUUAA